AUGGCCAAUUGUUUACACCAAACAAAGCGGUUCAUUCAACAUUUUAACGUAUUUAACUACUACUUCGGUGGGUUUGUCAUUAAUAUGGCAACGUACUUUUGUUGGUUAAUAUUGCCUUAUUUAAUCAAGGAACAAGGAGGGUCGUCAUUCAUGAUUGGAUUAGCCGAUUGUAUUACAUUUGGGUUGUGUGGGUUGUUGUGCCCGGUCAUUGGAUUGUUUCUCGACAAGAAGUGGUUUCCCAUCGACGACAUCAUCAGAAUUGGAUUUGUCCUCCAAGCUUUGUGUGGUGUUUCGAUUGGUAUAUUUUACGUCGAAAGAGAGGGCUCACUCCUCCCUCUUUUCUUCCUGUUACUUCAACAGUCUUUUGCACUUGCUUUUUUCUGGUCGAUUUGUGAAUACAUGUUGUCGAAUGAAGUGUACAAAGGAGAGACAAAUAAGAAGUUAUCCAUAUUCAGUGUCUCAUGGUCACUUGGAAAAGCAAUUGGGUUUGUAUUGGGUGGGCCAAUGAAGUCUGCUUUUGGCAAUACAUUUUCACUCUAUUUUUCUUCAGUCAUAGUCAUGAUAGCUUUUGUAACGUUUCCACGCAUGCCGCGACAUCGAAGUUCGGUGACAAGAAAAGAGGCGAAGUUGCGGAGACUUGAAAGGCGGUACAAAAAGGAAUAUCCCGAGUGUGCAACGGAGGAAUCACUCAAGUUUUCGAACAAUGAAAUCAUGAAGUUGACGACUGAAGACUCCAAAUCGUCGAGAAAGCCAUAUUACUUUACAUUGUAUUAUCUUAACAAUUUGGUCAUACACUUCACGGUGUAUGGUGCUAUUGCGGUAUUCGGUAAUCAAUACAUUGACUUUGCGGACGCAGAGAAAAUUACAUUACAAGGAGUUAGUGAAGAUACAGAGAUAUUCAUCAGUGUCUUUUUGGGUGUGUUGUAUUUCAGUCAGACCAUUUUCUUCUUCAUCUUUGGGUUAUUCCACCAUUGGCAAUAUGUUCAGACGUUAAAUAUCAUCGUACAAAUAAUAAUAGCAGGUAUGGCAACAGGAAUGAUAUUUUUGAGGAAUGGGUGGGUAUUGUGUUGUUUAGCAAUUGUCAUUGGGUGUAUUUCCGCUUAUGAGAUUCAGUCGAUCAUUUUAUAUUCGCUCAACGCAAGUGACAAAGCAAGAGGAAAAGUUCUUGGACUGACUGAAUGCGUUGGAGAGCUCACUUGUUCAUUAUGUCCGUUGUUUUCAAGUCUUAUCGUGGAUCAACUUGGAAAUAGAGAGUAUGCCCUCUACUUUUGUAUUGGAUUGCAAGUUGUCGGACUUUUCUUGUGUUCUGUGAUACAACUUAUUACCAAAAUCCUUGAAAUCAGAAGAAAGAUCACAAUUAAAAAGAACGUAAUAGACAACGGUAAAGAACUUGAAGAAAUACACACAGAAACACAAAGCACACCAGAAAGUAAGACAAAACCAACACAACAAGUUACAGACGUCAGUGUCCCAUUAACUGUUGUUCACUCGGAUGAUGAUUCGAGCGAAGAGUCGGAUAUGUCUGAAUCAUCUAACGAUUCUGAAGAAUCUGAUGUUGAAACAGAGUCUUCAGUAACAGCAUCAGGGUCUGAGCAGGGGGUCGAUGAUACAGAACAAACUAUGGAACCCAAAACACCAAACACAACAAAGGUAUAA